ACAGGCCCAAACUCACAGACUUCAGUUACUCCUCCAGAAGUAACAGCAGUUUCAACCUCAAGUGUGAAGGAAUCUUUACUGACUGAAAGUACUACCCUUCUUUCUACAAGUUCAGCACAGCCCAUAGCACAGGGAAGCACGGCUUUACCUCCAGGUCCCACUAGAGUAUCACUUACCUCCAGUUUUUCUUCUCCAUCUCCAAUAAGUUCAAUAUCAACAGUGUCAGCUGGUAAAACAUCAGGAGAAACUGUCCCUAAUUCACGCACUACAGGCACUACUCCAGAAAUAUUUGCAGGUUUAUCCUCAACUGUGAAGGGAUCUACACUGACUGAAAGUUCUAAAAAUCUUUCCACAAGUCCAGCACAGCCAACAGCACAGGGAACCACGCUUGUGCCCUCAGCUCCCUCUACAGUAUCAGUGACCUCCAGUACUUCUCAUCUAAUUUCAGGGACAUCGAUAGUGACAGGAUCAUUUCGUACAACAUCAGUGCGAAUAGGCACAACUCCAACCAUUAGGCUUACGCCUCUGGAGAUCACAAGUUCAUACACCACUAGUGAGAGGUCUACCUCCAAUGGGAGUAUUACACUUGUUUCCAAAAUUCCCGGAGUGUCCACAGCAUGGAGAACCACCAUUUCCACUUCUGGUUUGGUGUCCUUACCUUUGAACAUGAGAACCUCUGGAACAUCUACUAUUUCCAGCCUUUCUUCUUCAUUAGUUGCAACAACUAUCGGCCCCAUUAAUACCUAUACUACAAGCAAAAAAAUUUCACCCUUCACUGCAAGCAAAGUAACUCCAUGUUUAUGCCAUGUUUCCGGUGAUUUGUUUUUUCCUGGGCAAGUUAUAUACAACAAAACAGAUAGUGCUGGUUGUAGUUUUUAUGCACUUUGUAAUGAAACAUGCAACAUUGAAAGAUUCCAGGGGCCAUGCCCUACAACAUCUCCUGUUUCAUUAAUCCCAUCACCUACAACACCAAGCUUAUCAACCUCAACAGCUAUAUCUUCUUCAGCAUCAGCAACUCCAGAAGUAUCUACACCUACUCCAAUAUUAGGUUGCCCUGAUGCUGACCCUCCGAGAAAGAUGAAUGAAUCCUGGAUGUUAAACAAUUGCACUAUGGCAACUUGUGAAGGAGACAACAGAAUUGUUCUAGUGUUUCCUCCAGCUGUAGAGCAGAUUACUUGUGCAAGUGGACGCCAGCCACAAAAAGUCUAUGAUGAGGAUGGCUGCAACUACCACUAUGAGUGUGACUGUAUUUGCACUGGCUGGAGCAAUUCCCACUAUGAGACUUUCGAUGGAACUCACUACACAUUCCAGGACAACUGCACAUAUGUGCUGAUGAAACAGAUUGUGCCAAAAUACAAUUUCAGCAUUCUUGUUGACAAUCAUUUCUGCGAUGUGGCUGAUGCACUUUCCUGCUCUAGAUCCAUCAUUGUGAAUUACAACUCCAUGAAAAUAGUGCUGAGCAGUGGGAGAGACCAAAACGAGAAAAACAAGAUUUAUGUCAAUGAAGAGCCAAUCUAUGGAAGCUUCAGCAGAAAUGGCAUUUUAGUUAUCAAUAGUGAAACAGACAUGUUGGUUGAAAUUCAUGACAUCAAGUUUUUCAUCUUCGUCAAGGAAGCUUCCUUCAGUAUAGAAAUGUCUUUCGGCAUAUUUGGAAACAACACUGAGGGGCAGUGUGGCACAUGUUCAAAUAACCAAGUGGAUGAGUGCCGCCUCCCAAGUGGCGAAGUAAUUGCCUCUUGUUCAGAAAUGGCUUCCGCCUGGAAGAUUCAGGAUAAAAAUAAGCCCAGUUGUGAAGGGCCCCCAGUUCCACCUGUCACACCAGCUCCACCUGUGCCCUGCAAUUUUCCUUCUCCUCUUUGUGAGCUGAUUUUGAGCAACCUCUUUGCAGAGUGUCAUAAAGUGCUGGAGCCAACAAUAUACUAUGAGAAUUGUGUCACCAAUUCAUGCAACAUGACCAAUGAAUCUAUAUCGUGCAACAGUGUGGAAACAUACGCCUCCUUCUGCAGUGUUUUUGAUGCCUGUGCUGAUUGGAGAAGCAAAACUGAAGGAAAAUGCCCAUACAACUGUCCUAUAGGCAAGGUGUAUGAUGCGUGUGGCCCUCUUGCUCCUGUCACCUGCAAUUCUGGAACUGUUAACCUUACAAGCACACAUUUUGCUGAAGGAUGCUUCUGCCCGAAGGAUAAGAUACUCUUCAAUUCAUACACUGAUGUCUGUGUCUUAGAAUGCUCUUGUGUGGGACCUGAUGGAAUGCCCAAACCACCUGGAGCCCAAUGGAGAAGUAAUUGCCAGGACUGUGUCUGUGAUCCAUUCUCUGUCACUGUACAAUGUACACCACUUACAUGUCAGACACCUGAAACACGUGUGUGUGAGAAAGAAGGAUUCAUCCCCGUCUCAGUGUUAACACCAGAAGACCCAUGUUGUCCUGACAUUGAAUGCAGAUGCAAUACAAGCGCCUGCUCCCCGGCCAAGACAACAUGUGAGCCAGGGUACAAGCUAGCCACAACCCUUUCAGAUGGGGACUGCUGUGUCAACUAUACAUGUGAACCAAUACCAGAUGUCUGUGUGCUUAAUGGAACUAUUUACAGGCCUGGAAUGUCUGUUCCAAGAGAUGUUUGUGAGACAUGCAUCUGCAGUUCUGAAGUAGAUCCAGCCUCCAACAAAAACCUUCUGCAAUGCAAGCCAGUCUACUGUAACACCACUUGCCCCCUGGGUUUUGAAUAUAUGAUAAAAGAUGGAAAGUGCUGCGGAGACUGCAUUCAGGUGGCUUGCACAAUCAAACCCGAGAAUACCACUGUCCAGGUGCUCAAGCCAGGUGAACUAUGGAAGCCUGCAGGGGAUCCGUGCACAUCUUACAAAUGUGAAGAAAUUGAAAAUCAGUUUGUUUCGGUCACUAUUCGGACAGCAUGUCCUGUCUUUAACCCAGAGGACUGUGAGCCUGAUGAAGUACAGCUGACUCCUGAUGGCUGCUGCAAAACGUGUAACCCUAAAAACUGCAGGGUUUACAAGAACUCCACUAUGAUCCGCCACAAUGACUGUGAAUCUCCUAACCCUGUUGAACUGACAUACUGCAAAGGUGCUUGUGCCAGCUCCUCCGUGUAUUCCUUCGCAACACAGCAGUUGCAACCCAACUGUUCCUGCUGCCAGGAACUCAAGAGCCACAAGAAACAGGUGACCCUGACAUGCCGCAGUGGAACAACAAUGAAUUAUGACUACAUCUAUGUGGAACAGUGCCAGUGCACGGCUGCAUGCAUUUCUGAAACCACUAUCACACAACAGCUCCAGUAUGAAAAUUAGCAGUGAAGAACAAGAUGAUCAGAGGGAAAAGAAACCCAAGAGCUCUACAGCAUUUAAAUAAUAACAUAGAAAAAAUAACCCAUGAGCAAUCUUAAAACUCUUGCUUCUUACUUUUUCCAGCUUCCAUUAUCACCAUUUUUCAUUUGUUAAAUGUGAGAAUGUUUGCCAAAUAAUUAGGUCUUUAUAUAUUUUUUUAUUUCUAAACAGAUUGUGAAGGGAAAGAAUGAACAAAAGUAUAGCUUGUAUUGUUAGAGUCUUGAAUUAAGCCUAAAGUUACUUUCCUUUCCUCUCUGAAGUUUGGAGGCCAUUUAGUUAUAUCUUUUUUACAUUUUUUUAAGUCUUCUCAUUGUUUCAGUGAAUCAGCCAAUAUGGGUUUGAGAGAGGGAGUGUCUAAAAAUGAAAACCGCUUAAAAAUAUCCCUACUUAACAGUAUGGGAAUUUGCAAUCAUUCCAGUAAAUUGUUUACAACAUUGUUUUGGCAAGAAAUAGAAGGCUGGCUCUUUUUUUUAAAAAAUGGUGAUAGUGAGCUAAUGUUUUCUAUAGAAAACUUAAUUUUGUAGUUACAGUGCACAGUCCUUUGCUAUUUAUUUGCGAGUAGAGAAAUAAUUUUAUUGAGGGAGUCACUGUCUAUGGACUUAAGAUUUUAUAUGGUGUUAGCAAUGUGGCAAUCUUUUCUUGUUCAUUUUGUUCUUAUGUGAUUAAUAAA